CAUAAAUUAUGUCCUCUACUGUUAACUCUUCAAACGACCAUGACGAUAACCAUGUUCAAGAUCAAGAAUCUAUCACCUUCCCUUUACUUCGCCGCGAAAGAUCUCCCAUUAAUUCUAGCUCUCAAGUCGCCAUCGUCGGCUCUUAUGUCUGCCCCAUUGAAAGUCUUGAUUAUGAGAUAGCUGAGAAUGAUUUUUUCAAGCAGGACUGGAGAACUCGUGGGAAAGCUUAUAUUUUUCAGUAUAUAUUUAUGAAGUGGUCUCUGUGUUUUUUGAUUGGGUUGAUUGUUGGGCUUAUUGGGUUCUUCAAUAAUCUUGCUGUUGAGAAUAUUGCAGGGAUCAAGUUUGUGGUUACUUCUAAUAUGAUGUUAGCCUCCAAGUAUGGAUUCGCCUUUCUAGUGUUUUCUGUUUCUAAUUUAGUACUCACUCUCUUGGCUGCUAUCAUCACCGCCUUUAUUGCGCCAACGGCCACAGGUUCUGGUAUCCCCGAAGUCAAGGCUUACCUGAACGGAGUGGACGCGCCUGGUAUACUUUCAUUUCGAACUAUGAUUGUUAAAAUUGUUGGAAGCAUUUUUGCGGUGUCAUCUUCUCUUCUGAUUGGAAAGGCAGGGCCCAUGGUACACACUGGUGCAUGUGUUGCAUCACUUCUGGGGCAGGGUGGGUCAAGUAAAUAUGGCCUAACAUGGAAAUGGUUACGUUUCUUCAAAAAUGACCGAGAUAGGCGAGAUCUUGUAACAUGCGGAUCUGCUGCUGGAAUUGCGGCUUCCUUCCGUGCUCCAGUUGGUGGUUUGCUGUUUGCUCUUGAAGAAAUGGCAUCUUGGUGGAGAAGUGCCCUUCUGUGGAGAGCUUUCUUCACAACUGCUAUUGUUGCUAUUCUGCUCAGGGCUCUAAUUGAUGUUUGCUUAAGUGGCAAGUGUGGACUAUUUGGUAAAGGGGGGCUGAUAAUGUAUGAUGCAUAUUCGGCAAAUAUUUCAUAUCACCUUGUGGAUCUUCCACCUGUACUUAUUCUUGGAAUUGUUGGGGGCAUAUUGGGGAGUUUCUAUAAUUUUCUUCUGGAGAAACUUCUCCGGGUUUACAAUCUUAUUAAUGAGAAAGGGGUUGCUUAUAAAAUCUUUCUUGCAUUGUCAAUCUCAAUUUUCACAUCCUGUCUUCUCUUUGGAUUACCGUGGUUUGCAAAAUGCCUUCCUUGCCCAUCUGACACAUCAGAACAAUGUCCAACUAUAGGCCGGUCUGGGAACUACAAGAAAUUCCAAUGUCCUCCUGGUCACUACAAUGAUCUUGCCAGCCUCAUUUUUAAUACAAAUGAUGAUGCUAUCAAAAAUCUUUUCAGCAGCGGCACUGAUUCUGAGUUUCAAUAUUCGUCAAUUAUUAUAUUCUUUAUCACCUGCUUUUUUCUAAGUAUUCUUAGCUAUGGGAUUGUUGCUCCUGCUGGUCUUUUUGUACCUGUCAUUGUUACAGGGGCAUCUUAUGGGCGUUUUGUUGGAAUGUUAGUUGGUCAUCACACAAGUCUUAAUCAUGGCCUCUAUGCUGUGCUUGGUGCUGCCUCAUUACUUGGUGGAUCUAUGAGGAUGACAGUUUCUUUGUGUGUUAUUAUCCUCGAACUUACCAAUAAUCUACUAUUGCUACCCUUGAUAAUGUUGGUUCUUCUAGUUUCAAAGACUGUAGCAGAUGCUUUUAAUGGCAACAUAUAUGACCUUAUCAUGAAGGCAAAAGGCUUUCCUUAUCUAGAAACUCAUGCUGAGCCUUAUAUGAGGCAGCUGACAGUUGCUGACGUUGUUACGGGCCCACUCCAGUUUUUUCAUGGCAUUGAGAAGGUUGGUAAUGUGGUUCAUGUUCUCAAAACUACUAGGCAUAACGGGUUUCCUGUGAUUGAUGAGCAUCCAGUUUCCGAAAAACCAGUCCUCUAUGGUUUAAUCCUUCGGGCCCAUCUUCUUACAUUGCUAAAGAAAAAAGCUUUUUUAACUACUCCAGAGCCAGUUGGCGUAGAAGCUUUUACACAGUUCUCAGCGGUUGAUUUUGCAAAGAGGGGUUCAGGCAAUUUUGACAACAUAGAAGACAUCCACUUAUCGUUGGAAGAGAUGGAAUUGUUCUUAGAUCUGCAUCCUUUUACUAAUGCAUCACCUUAUACUGUUGUAGAGACAAUGUCACUAGCAAAGGCUCUUGUUCUUUUCCGGGAAGUUGCUUUGAGGCACCUGCUGGUGAUACCUAAGACCUCUGGUAGAUCGCCUGUAGUGGGUAUAUUGACAAGGCACGAUUUCAUGCCAGUACAUAUACUGGGUUUGCAUCCUUUGCUGGUAAGGAGUAGGUGGAAAAGGUUAAGAGUUCGCUUCCCCCAAAUACUCAGAUUCUUUUAGAAAAUCUCAGUCAAGCAUUGGAUCCUACCUUCAACAAUAAGACUGUAAAUAGUCUUAUUCAGCUGCAUACAGUUACAGCAUUCAAUUAUAUCCAUUCCAGAGCUGAAUACGAGCAGAUGGGAGCAUAUCGGCAUGUCUAUAAGGUGUAUGAGUAGGUGAUUUUAUGAUGAUGAGCUAUUAGUGAUGAGUUUUGCUCUGGUUAAGUAUCUGUACACUAUUUAACUCCUAGUAUAUAAAUUUUUUAUUGCUUCACACAAGAAUUUUUUGUUGAAAUUAUUCAUAAAGGGCUUUGAGAAGAUUGAGGUGUUGUAUAGUUGCUAGCCUGCCUUCAGAUGAAACAAGUGAAGUGGGAAAUUUUUUACUAUUUUUAUGCUAGAGGGACUUCUGUAUUGUACGAGUGACACCUUGUUAUAGCAGUAUCUAUUUAGUA